AAACGAGACCCUGGGAGUGUCCCGCCCUGGGCCGAAAGCCACGGACCAAUGGAAAUAGAGGUUGAGCGGUGGCGCGGCGGGCGGUAGGUGGAGUAACCCCGGGACCUGGACGGGAGCCUGGCGGGGUCAACCCCGACGAGCGGCUUGGACAUGGCUGUGUGGGUUUUGGGGGGCCGCCUUGGCCUCCGCGGGUGCCUCGCGGCCGGCAGGCUACUUUGUCCCCGUUUCCAGAGCCGCGGUUCCCCGGGCGUAGAAGACGGGGACAGGCCACAGCCUCCCUCGAAGACACCCAAGAUCCCCAAGAUUUACACCAAAACAGGAGACAAAGGGUUUUCUAGCACCUUCACUGGAGAAAGGAGGCCCAAAGACGACCAGGUGUUCGAAGCCUUGGGAACUACAGAUGAAUUAAGUUCAGCCAUUGGGUUUGCUAUGGAAUUAAUUGCGGAAAAGGGCCACCCAUUUGCUGAGGAGCUUGAGAAAAUCCAGUGCUCCCUGCAGGACGUUGGCUCCGCCCUGGCGACACCCCGCUCCUCCGCCCGGGAGGCUCACUUAAGACGCACAACAUUUGGGUCGGGGCGCGUCCUGGAGCUGGAGCAGUGGAUCGACAAGUACACCGGCCAGCUGCCCCCUCUCACGGCUUUCAUUCUGCCUGUAGGUACUGGGCAGCCUCCACCUGGGGUGGCUGCAGGCCACGUCCCCCUCUCCAAUAUUUAACAGUGACAGAGCUGCCCUCCACGUGCCCCACCCUCCCAGCCCUGUCCUCUCUGAAGGGGUGCCCAGGGGUGUGCCCGGCGGGGCCCUCUGCAUGCAGAACACUGCGUGCGG